AUGCAUUCCUCCAGUUCAACUCAGUGGGUUCUUUUUACUCCCGAGCUUCUAGAAAUGAUUCUGUUGCAACUGGACCUGCGCACCUUGGUCGCCUCCGCACAACGGGUCUGCCGUGCCUGGAAUGGUCUAAUUCAAGGAUCAUCAUCUCUCCAGGAAGCAUUAUUCUUAAAGCCCAUCAAGAAGCACAAGAACAAUCUUACUGAAAACACAAUCAAUCCACUAUUGGCAGAGGCAUUCCCAGCCAUCUUCCUACAGAAUGAGGCCCUCUUUCCUCGGAACAAGAAUGAGUUUACCCUCGCCGACCUCGACAUGAUCCGGAACCCAGAGAAGAAAGCCGCAUACCUACGACCCGAGGCAAGUUGGCGUCGUAUGCUGAUCCAACAACCUCCCGCAUUCAAGCUCGGAAUCUUCUGCUGGUCGGGGAGUCCCUUCGGUUACGGUAUUGACUACGAGAUGCAGCAACUAAAAGACACCCAACAGUGGCACGAUGGCAUCCGCAUGGAGAUGCUCUUUGAGCCGCUUAUCUUCCACAGCAGUUUGGUUCCGACUUUUAGCCCCGCGUCUAUUUACUGGUGGGGCGAAUGUUCAAGCUCGACUAUACUGCGUCGGUUGCAGGAACUGGGCAUCACAACAGUGCCGGAUAUUAUUCUUUGUGCUUAUGCGAUGGUUUCAUGUACUGAUUCGGACUCGGACUUUGAGAAUGAUGAUCAACAGGUGGUGGACCAGAUCCAAGCUUGGUAUCGAAAUAUGGGGCUACAGCCCAAGGUUCUAGGGGAUGGGUGGGAAAGGACGGUGUAUGAGAAACGUGGGACGUGGGAUUAG